CACGGGGCCCUCCCACGAGUCGCUGGACGAGUCGAACACCGCCAUGGACAAGUCCGGGAGCUCUCCCGUGAGGAGGACUCGCUACCGCGUCGCCCUCUUCACGGGAGAGCUCCAGUGCGCGGCGGCCACCACCACUCUACUAGCAUAUCCCUCUCCCCCGCUCACGUAGGCUCCACUCCGCCGCCCGGCGCACGCCGCCGCCGCGCUCUGGGACUCAUAGUCAGGCGCGCGUCAUGAGGAGGCGACGGUGGGCGCCGCUCGCCGCCGCCGCCGCGUGCCUCGUCGCGCUCGUGGCGCUCCUGGCCGCCGUCCACGCCGCUCCAGGCGCCGGCGCGCCAGUGCCAGCGGCGCGUCGCUCGGGGGCGAGCGGCGGCGGCGGGCGUGUCUCCACGACGGCAGCCUUCGACGCCGCCAGAGUAGCGCGGUGCAAGAAGCAGGGGAAGAAGUGGAAGAAGAGAGCUGGCGCCGCCUGCGCGGGGUUGCUCGGCGGCGGCGGCGACGACAAGCGGGUCGUGCCGACCGGCGCCAACCCCCUGCACAACAGAUGACAGGAUCGCGAGAGUGCUUUUGCAGCGAAGUAACCGGGGUCCCUCCCGCUCGCUGACUCCCUCCCAUUCGUGAUUCGUCCAUGCCAUGGCGAUGGCGGCGGCCAAGAAGAAACGGAGAAGAGGCAGGCUUCAUCUCCAUGGCCAGUGAUCUCGGUAGGACUGGCCUCUUAAUGGAAAACGUGCUCAGGCACAGUCGUGAAAAAAAAAGAUCUCGGUAGGACUGGUAGUGUAGUCAUCAGUUGCUAAUAGCCGUAUAGUAAUCGUUCUUGGACCAAGGUCCUCUCCAUGUUCAGGAUCAUAGAUUAGUUCCUGAUCAACCGAAGUGAUGGAUGUAAGCACGGUUUGGAACGCUGGAAUUUCGUGGGAUUUCCACGGAAAUUGCAGGACUCCCUGUGAAAUUCCAGCGUUCCGGACUGUGGAAUCAUCUGCCUCCUCUGAAUCACAGAGUGGGGACAGCUUCUGAUCUGCCUUUUG